UUCUCAGCUAUCCCCUGCAGCCUCAGUCCAAAUGGCAUCGAUCUCUCUGUGUGUACUGAAGGAAUUAGCUUGCAACUUGAAGGUGAAAGAGUGGAGCCAACCUCACUUAAGAAAGAAACCUCUAAAUUGCCUGAGUUGAAAGAAACUCUCCAAAGGCAGCCGCUGGAAUCAGAAGCAUCUAAGUUUCAUAUUGUGAAGCUGACAAAGCCAGUGGCCCUUUGGACACAGCAAGAUGUAUGCAAGUGGUUGAAGAAACAUUGCCCCAAUCAGUAUCAAAUCUACAGUGAGUCAUUCAAACAGCAUGACAUAACUGGCCGCGCACUGCUCAGGCUUACCGACAAAAAGCUUGAGCGAAUGGGGAUUGCUCAGGAGAGCUUACGUCAGCACAUUUUGCAGCAAGUGCUCCAGCUGAAAGUGAGAGAGGAAGUUCGAAACCUACAGCUACUCACACAAGGUAGUCCUUGACUUACUGGACUUUUGGUCGCUAAGUGAUGUGGCCAUAAAGCAAGAUGUCAGAUGAGUGCAUGGCUUAGCAACUGCAAUCCCCACAAUCCCUGUGGCAAUUGUUAAGCAAAAUUUCAAAAUUUACCAGCUGAGUUAUAAAUUAUGCAUUGAUAUCCUGUUCAUUUAUUGCUCUUCAAGAAUCUGGAAAAAAAACCCAUAUUAAAAUAGUCUAGUCAUUAAAUGCAGAUGAAAGAUAUGAAAGAGUAGAGGAAUUUAUAGAGGUUGCUUGAAGUAGUCCUUCUCCAAAUAGCCAGCUACAAAAUCUGAUUACUUAAAUCUGGAUGUAGCCUGUAUUCAUAGAAUACAGCUUUGAAUCCCAGAGUCUAUUGUAGACUUUCUCAGUUGGUUCCAGUCUUUUCCCUUCAUUUUCAAGGCAAGGAUUUUAAAUUUAUUUCUAUUUUCCUUGUGAAAUUAAGGCUAUGACUUGACUUUUCUUCUUUCACUUUAAUAUAAGCCUAUGAGGUAGGUUGGACUGAGAGAGAGUAACUGGUGGUUAAGUGGGGACUUCAACUUGUCUAACAUCCUAACCAUUAAAAAUACUCUAUUGGG